AUGCUGGUCGCUGGCAAUAGCUUUGCCUGCAACCAAGGCGAUGUCAUUUACAAGGCAUUCAAACGGUAUGCAAGGCAGUUCAACAUAUUUUGUAUAUCAAGAUGUGAAAUGUUUUAUCCCAAUUGUCAAUUUCCCUUCAACUUUACUCAGGUAGUGAAAGAACUAAAACCUGAAGUUGUAUUCAUGAUAGAUAGAGCUGUCACCAUGAAAGCUCCGCUCGAUGUGUCAAAACCAAUCGAUGAAGACAGAGUCUUCGGUCUUUUCAUGAAAACACUAAAACUCCUCGAGAAAACAACUAGAAAGGUCUACAUCUUACAAGCACUACCAAGCUGUAUAUCCGACUGCGCCCAUAAAGCUGUGAAUUACCUACGAAAUGGAAAACCUCUGAACACAAUCAAAGCAAGUUUAUUAGAAUGCACUGCAAUAUGUUGA